AUGCCGCGGCUAGUCGCCGCGACGACUCCAGCGGCGACGACGGCGGCGAUGCCCGAGAAAAUGGAACGGGUCGCAAAGCAGGCCACGGGGGAGCUCCUCGCGCGUCGCGAGGAGGCCCCGGCGAGCGCGGAGUCGGACAGCUCGGCGAGCCCCAUCGGACAGGGGCCGGCCCUGCCGGGCAGCGGGCUGGGCCAGCCGGGGUCGGGCAGCGACCCGACGUCGGCCAAUGCGGAUACGCCCCCUUUACUUCCGUCGCAUCCGCCUCCUCAGCCAGGGCAGCAGGCGUCAGCUUUCGGGCCGAACAGUCAGUCGUCACCGCCGCCUACGCCCAACGAGGCGUGCGUCCAGCAGGCUGCGGAGCUGGCGCUGUGGCGAGCGAUGCCAAUUCACCACGGCGAAUCGGCAGGGUGGAAAGGCACGAGGGCACCAGUGGGAAGGGAGCGCCCGUGGGCGCCGUGGCCGGCGCGGCAGCUGGAGCUGCCGCGGGUGCAGCCUGGCGCCCGGGCCGCGGCCCAGAGGCUGGUGAUGAAGGGGGAGGGCGGGGGUCCGAGCGAGGAGGACCACGGCCCUGUCCAGCUUGUCGUGGAGGUGCUCCUGGAGCCAGUCCGGGAGACAGCGCAUGAGGAGUUGGCCGCGGCGGGGAGGCCCCCGCCCGGAAUGUCAGGGGCGCCCGAAGGCUGGAAGGAGGACGCCCGGGAGGCAGCCUACAUGCGUUUUCAGAGCGCCACUGGCAUCGUGUUCAGCGUCGGCAAAGGGCGCCAGCACGAGCCGCAUGAAUGGGAUGACCCUUCCCCAGGGGGGCCGGGCGGCGGCGGGGACGCGGCUCCGAAGGGCCGUGGGAAGGGCACCGCGGGCGACGCCCAGGGCUUCAAGGGCUGCGGCCGCGGCACAAGAGGUGCGGCCCCCAGCGGUAAGGGCGGCGCGAAGCCCGUGGGGGGGGCGCGCGGCCAAGCAAGCAGCCUGGACGCGCCCGCGCAUGAGCGGGUGGUCGGCCAGUGGGUGCAGCUCGCGAGCGCCUCGAGGCAGCCCCCGCAGGCCGAGCGGCAGCAGCUGUUGCCCCAGCAGCCGCCCGCAGCGAGCACGCAGGGCGAGGCCUGGCUGGCGCAGCGGCGGGGGGGCCCGCCGGGCGUCCACCACGGCGGCCUGGCGGCGCAGGGGAGGUGGGCGGGGGCGGCGUGCAGCAGCUCGCUGGGGCCCUCCGCCGCGCUCGCGCACCCGCGGGCGCCCUCUGCCGUGACCGUGUGGCCGCCGUCCAGGGCGGCGGCGGCUUGGCCGCCGGUGGCGCAGGGUGCCGCCGCGCAGGCGGUCGCGCAACACCUGGCGGCACAGGCGUACCAGGUCAGUGCCGCCGUGGCCAUGGCGGAGGAGGCAAUGCACCGGGCCAACAGCGCGGCACGUAGCGCGGCGAUCGCCGCCGCGGCGGAGAUGGGCGCCCGCAGGUUCGGCGCCGUGCCGCCUCCGCAGCCCGCGCUGCCCGUGCCCUCGGCGUCGGCGAUCGCUGCCGCGGAGCUGCAGUGCGGGACGUGGAGUCGAGGCCACAAACAGCCCCGCCAGCAGGGCGGGGCGGCCGCCGAGUACGUGGGGCGCCUGAAGUCGAUCAGCACGAGGCGUGGCAGCACGAGCUUUGGGUUCAUCGCGUGCGAGGAGACCAGAGCGCUCUACGGGCGCGACGUCUACGUGAUGUUGGACCAGCUGCCCCAGGGCGCGAAGGUGGCGGACACGCUGAGGUUCACGGUGGAGCUCAGUGCGAAGGGGCACCCGAGGGCCGCGGCCGUGGAUGCGGCGUGA